AUGCAGCGACUUGGCCUAGUAGAAUGUGGCUGGCCUUUGUUCCUUUUUCUGCUCCUCCUUGGCUGGAUGAUAGAUCCAGAUAUCGGAGCUGAAGCUGUAGCGUUCAGAGACCUUCCUAAAACAGUGCAACUGGACGAGAGGGCAGAACCAAAUUCAGUUGUGACUACCUUCUCCGUCAAUUGUACGAACUCAACCGAUGUGCCUGCGACAUCCCUGAAGAGCGUCACCCCAGUUUCCUCUUUUUUCAACUUUCUAAACAUCUUAUCUGCUGGCAACUAUCAGGUGAGUCUUAGUCCCAGUGCUGCUCUAGAUGCUAGAGUGGUGAAUCUCUAUGCCUUAACAUUCACUGCAAAUUGCAGAGGAGAGACAGAAGAUGCUCAGCUCUUCGUUCAAGUUAAUGAAACACGGAGAUUAGUGUGCAAUGGCGUAGGUAAGAAUGGCAUAGGACGGUUGCCUAUACAAGUUUCAGAGGAUAUUGGACCUGGAGAAACAAUCUACACAACUGUCUUGAAGAGGCGGGGCACAGGCAACCUGACCUUCACCAUUGAGGAUCCUUCCUUACCUUUUGUCAUAACUCCAGAAGGAGCCUUGCAGGCACCUGCCGAAGGUUUCACUCGUGAACAAGCUGGCAAGACAUUCCCACGAAAAAUUGUGGUCAAGGAUUCUGCUUCAAGCAGUUGUGCAGUGGCUCUGUCUAUCCAGGUGAACCCUGUUUACCAUAACAAAGUCAGUUUCAGGGAAUCAUCAGUUGCAUGUACAAUACAGGAAAGUGUACCACCUUUGUUCAACGUCAUACAGGUUCAAGCAAGUGUGAAACCUGUGGUCUACCAGAUCAUCUCCCCAAGCACAGACCAUUUUACCAUUGAACCAGAUACAGGCAUCAUCAGGACCACAUACUACUUAAAUCUGAAAAACAAUCCAAGCUUGGCUAACACCCAGUUGGAAGUGAAAGCUUACAAUAUGCUCAACCACGCUGAUUAUGCCAUCAUCAUUGUCAACAUUACUGUGAAACAGGAGAACUUGGAAGGACCCUUGUGUUCUCCUGCUGUGUUUGUAACUGAGGUUCCAGAGAACACUUCAAUUGGGAGGACCAUAUUGUCUCUGUCUUGCUAUGAUCCAGACAAUAUCAAUAGCAGCUUGACAUACAAAAUAGUUGACCAGAACCCACCUUAUAGCUUCAAAAUGGAUGGGCCAAAUUUGCAGGUAAAUAGCAGUUUGGACUAUGAUUCAGAAAGUAUGGCCACUCUUAACUUUCAAUACAAAGCUGCCAUUCUAGUGAUAGAUGGAGGAAGUCCUGCACAAACCACCACCGUACCUGUGCUGGUGACAGUAAGACGAGUGAAUGAAUUCCCUCCACAAUGCUCAAAACGGGUUUUCAAUGUACCAGAGAAUACUGAAUAUGGAUACAACAUUGGCAAUGUCAAUGGCUCUGAUCAAGACUAUCCAUUCAACAACAUUGAAUACAGCAUAAUGGAUGAGGAUGCUUUCUACAUUAAUAGCCGUACAGGUCAGCUACGUGUACUUUUGCCCCUGGAUUAUGAAGAACGGAAAGUGUAUCAUCUGGCUGUCAUUCUGAAAGACCUGGAGAAUGAAGCAGCUCCCAACACACAAAAGACAACAACGUGUAAUGUCACAAUUUUUGUGCAGGAUGUAAACGAUCAUCCUCCUAAGUGUAAAGAACCGUUUUUGUUGAGGUCCAUAUAUUCCACCCAAGCCAGAACUAUACCAAUCACAGAUGUUAAUUGUGAAGAUGAGGACAGAGGAACCAAACUGGCCUACAACAUUGUUCAUGGCAAUGUAAAUGGCCGUUUUCGCAUGGAAGGACAAAGCCUUUUCCCUAACACCUUUUCCUACAGACUUGAUGGCAUAUAUGAUCCUCUUACUUUUGUGCUUCUGGUGGAAGUGACAGACAGUGUUAGCUUACCUCGGUUCACCACCACAGUCACAGUUGUUGUUAAUGUGAUCCCUUGGGCCACAACUGUAUCUACUACCACCAUAACCACUACGACAACCACCAAGAAGCCAAUUGUUUUGCACAGAACUGUGACAUACUGGGCACCAGAUCCAUGGUUUGUGGUGGUUCUUACACUCACUGGAAUCCUCUUCUUUUCUGCCUUGGGUUUGCUGUUUUGGCAAUUCUGCCGGAGGAAGUCACCAGGAGAGCUAUCUCAGGCUCUACUACAGAACACGAGCAAAGAAGUGGGAAAAAAUUACAAGGUGACAGAAGAAGCAAGGAAGGAUGUCACCGACUUGCAGAGUCUGGAACACCAAUUUGAUGGCCGGGCUCAAGACCCCAUCUCUGGCCAGUAUUACUUGUUUGACAGCAGCACUGGAGCACGGCGUUGGGUGUGAGCAUGGAGGAAAAUGAAGAGCCAACUUUCUGGACACCAGCAACUCUCUGUCUAGUAUCUGAUGUAUCUGCUGAUAUGGUGGCACAAGAGUAGCUUUCCAUUAGUUACCUGCAUUUUAAUAAUCAGAGGUUGCCACUUUCCUUUCUUUUUUUGCUAUUCUGGUUUCUAUGGUUAUUUGAUCGGUGAAAAGUUAUUUCCACUAAUUAUGGUACUCCCAUAUCUGGAAAUUCUCCAUAUUAUGGGAGAUUGUAACAAUGGUCAUAUGGUACUAGAUGAAACAUCAACCAUUUGUCCCCCCUUCUUACAAAGCCAUGUGUCUUUGAGAAAGUGCUGUAUUAAAGGCUUUUGUUAGUGUUGCUUGAAUGCAGUGGAAUUGUAUGUGGAUUAUAGGAUCUGGUUCAGAAACAAAGGGCAGCAAUUGAGUUUAAUAUUAAAUUAUAUCUCUGGUUAGGCAUAUUCAUUUCUGUUGUAGCUCGGUGGUUCUGAAGUUUUCUGGCAUUUCACAAUAUAGCAUCAUGUACAUAUUUCUUUCCAUCAAUUUCAUUUCUCUUGCUGACUGUUGGGGAUGCUUGAAUAACUGAGAAAUAAUAAAAGAAUUAUGCAUAGCAACAAUUGGUUGGGUGAGUGUUCCAAAGUCAAGCACAGCAACAUGGGAUACAGUAACUGUAAUUUUCUAAUAAUUUAUUCAGUGCAAGUUAGGUUGUAUUCAUGGUGGGGCAUAUUUUUUCCAGGUGCUCCCUAGACAAAGCUGUACUAGUGCUAUUAUAAUAUAAUAAAGUGAAUAAAAAAAGAAAAACUUUCCCUGACAGACGAAGUUAUCAGAAGCCAGACAUCUUUAGGACAUGAAAUAACGACUUUCAGACUAGCUGUGGUCCAAAUGCCCACCAGUUGAUUCCCUUUCUGCUUCAAGGGGGAUGUGUUGUAUUUGGAAUAGGGAAGAGAGUAGAAAGUCUUCUGAAUGCAGCUUUCUGUUCAAAACUUGGGAAUUAGUACUGCAGCUUGCCACUAACUUUUAACUAAACCUAUUCUCCUUUAUAUCCUAACAAAAUUCUGCAUACAAUGGCCAAUGAUGGUAUUUACAGCAUUGUAUUAUUUUAAAUAUUUGGAUAUCAUUUAGAUAUUAUCUACAGUCUAUGGUAACAUUUUUUUGGGGGUGUGCAGUAGUGACCAGGACAAACUUGUGAUGUGAAAGUGCCCUCUGCUGGAGCACCCAAUUGAAACAACUUGAUUUGUUACUGGAAGUAAUAUAAGAUUAUACAUUAGGGAUAUGUAAAUUCUCGGUGGUGCACAAUAAAGUAAUUAAUUGCUUAAUUAAGCACAAGUAAUUAAUGACAAGUAAAUAUGUUUAUAUUUUGAUUGGAUAGGAUUCUAUAAUUUCUUUUAAUAAACUACCGGUAUGUUUAAUUGUUAAACAUAUUGAAAU